AUGGAGGAAGCUGACUCAACCUAUCUACUACCUAAAUUAAACCAUAAAGACAGCACUUUUGGCAUGCCUCGCAAGAAAUUCCCACGCUACGCACUCACGAACGGCCUUGAAAAAAAUGAAGCCACUCUUGUUGCUGAGGCCACUGCUUAUGCCGCCCGUCGUUUCCACACUGAACUGACUGCCCUUCAAGGCCAUUCCAAACGUCGCCACACUCCCGCCCCUCCUACUCACCAGUCACCCCCGUCGGUGACUUGUGCUAACACCUCCGCUGCUGUCAUUGUGAAACCGGAACCCCUUCGAAUGGCUCUACUGGAGGUGAACGAGGAAGAUGAAGAGAUGGAGGCUCAGAACGAUCCUUUAGAUAUAAUGUCAAAUGGAACAAAACUAUCUCGAGAAGCAUUUUUGGAAAGAGCAAAAGAGCUCCUUACUCGACCGGAAUCAAUCAUGGUCGCAAAUUCCACCUCUUCUGUAUCCUACGCCGAAUUAAAAGAAGCCCUCUCAACCGUGUUGGCUCGAAACUCCCGCUUGCAGGAACUACGUCAUAGUCAAAUCUCCCGGUACCUUCAACUCCAAAGACGCGCAGAGUCCCUCAAUGCCGAGUUGGAUGCCUCUGUAGACAAUUUGCGCCAUCACAGGACCCGAUGGGAGGCUGAAAAGCGACGACUGCUUGUUGAAGAGAAAGAACUACGCCAGCAACUGGCUGAGGCUCUUGCAGUGGUUGCUCAGAGCUCUCCGAAACGCAGCAACAAUCACCACUCAGACCAGGGUGAAAAGGGCAAUUGUUUACAAUGCGAGAAGCGUAAUCUAGAGAUUUCCGCCCUCAAAAUAGCCAUAGAACGUUUGGAAGGUGAGCUCGCACGACAUCGUCGAGCAUUCGAACAGGAAUCCGCAAAUUUCUCCGUUCAGUUAGCGGACGCGGCUGCUGAAAAUCGUUCCCUACGUCUCCAACUUUCAAGAUCUUCUACCGUCACUACGUCAGUAAAUUCCAAUACACUGCCCUCCAAAAAUUCCUGUGUAAGCUGUAAACGUCUUCAACAACUAGUAGACAUACUUCAAGAGAAAAAAUCCUCUAGAAACAGUGCUUCGGAAGUGGAAAUUCAAACUGAAUUUCCGCCUGAAAUACCUGAAAACUCAAGGCCUAAUGCGGCGGAAGAGGAAAGUGAUGGUAGAAGCCUUUUCGAACUUCUUGAAUCCCGAGGUAGAAUAAAUGAUCUCACGACUGAGUAUCUUGAGCAACAGCUAGGUGAAUGCCUUCGGACUGCCCCACAAAAAUUAACCGUGAAAACGCCUCCUCAAACGUCAAUAAUUAUGCCCGAUAAAAACGCAGGCACAACUGAGAAUGAAAUGUCGAAGACUCCUGAUGUUCCCCGGUUAUUGGAAAGGCUGAAAAAGCUAGAAGCAGAGGCUCAAUCCUCAGCGGAUCAAUUGAGAUCCAGUAAUGACGAAUUCCUUCAGCUUAGAGAACGACUGACCAGUGCUACAAUAGAAAAAGCUCACUUGAAAGCCCGGUUAGAUUCAUCAAACGAUCGGAUUCUCCAGCUAGAAUCCGACCUCAAUGAAAGAAUCCAGGAUUUGCAGCGAUUACAAAGUAGAUUAUCAGAUUACCAGAAGCCUCAAAGCUGUGUUUUACGAUUUGAAGAUAGUGAUCAUGGUCCUGUAAAUUCCUCUCCUCAACGAAUAAUCAUACGCCAGACAUAUUCAAAAUGCCAGCAGGUGUUCGCCUCCAUUUCCAAAAUACCGAAGCAAAUUCUGAACCAACCCACCGUUUAUGUAUUAAGCUCAGUAUGUCGAGCUGCUGGCAAUCGUGUGCUCAAAAGGAUUGACUAUCGAAUAAUUGGCUCACGAGGUCCACGUGUGGUCGUAUUCAUUGUUUUAAUACUUUACAUGUGUAUCCUUCAUUUACUUCUCGCGAACUGUCUCCUACAAUAG